CAAAGUACUCCAUAGGUCGAGUAAGUAUCAACAUUAUCCAGGCACAAUUGACGCCAGGCCAGACCCAACCACACCAGACCAGGAACGAGGAUGGAGAUAGGCGGGUUAGCACAUUUCUGGGAGAAUCUUUUCCUCAAUCACCCGCCACCGAGAACAAAAAGUGAAAAAGGUUCUUCUUGGACGACCUCAAGCUCCCGUGUUCGGCGCGAGUCACGUGCGGCGUUUCCUCCCCGUGUUUGCGGUGACCUGUAUCGUGCUUCUACUCAUCUCGAGCGCCGGCUCAUUCGGAGAUGGCAGCACUGAAAUGUCAUACAAGUCCACACUGGCAACCGGUCAUUUCCCCAAGAAGAUCUGGCAGACGUGGAAGGUCGAUCCAUUAGGAUUUGAGGCCAGAGAUCUGACGACAGCAAAGACAUGGACGGCGAAGAACCCUGACUACCGAUAUGAAGUCUUGACGGACCAGAACGAUCUUCAUUAUGUCGAAACACACUUCGGCCCGUCCGGCUUCAACAGGGUGGACAUUGUGCGAGUAUAUCGUUCCCUGCAACUGAAGAUCAUCAAGGCGGAUCUACUACGAUAUCUGGUCAUGUACGUGGAAGGAGGCGUCUAUACAGACAUUGAUGUUGAGGCGCUCAAGCCUAUCCCUCGAUUCAUCCCCGAUAGAUACGACGAGCGAUCAUUGGAUAUGGUGAUCGGCAUCGAAAUUGACCAGCCCGAGUUCAACAAUCACAGUAUUCUCGGAAAAAAGUCGCAGUCCUUCUGCCAGUGGACGUUCAUGAGUAAGCCACGGUUGCCGGUGAUGAUGAUGCUGAUCAACGACAUUGUCAAAUGGCUUAACUCGGUCGCGAGGCAACAGAAAGUGCCAAUCUCAGAAAUCCAGCUUGGGUUCGACGAGGUCAUCAGCGGGACUGGUCCUUCAGCAUUCACCAAGGCGAUUCUCGACCAUAUGUCGAUGAAGGCCGAGCGCCCAGUGACAUGGCUCGACAACUUCCAUAACUUGGGAGAGUCGAAAUUGGUUGGAGAUGUUUUAGUUCUCACCGUGGAAGCCUUUGCUGCAGGCCAGGGCCAUUCAGACUCGGGUAACCACAACGCGAAAACGGCACUUGUGAAGCAUCACUAUCAUGCAUCCGGGUGGCCUGCUAUGCACCCUCGCUACAACCACCCGGUCUAUGGGGAAGUGGAGAAAUGCAACUGGGAUGCCGAGUGUGUCAGGCAGUGGGACGCAAAUAAGGCCGCCUUUGACGCUCUUCCUCCAGAUGAGCAGAUCAAGCAGAUCGCAAUGAAGGGGAACUCGGAUGCCAACAAGAAGCUUGGAUUGUAG